UGUAGCUCUAGACUAGAGCCUCUAGCUCGCAAUCACAACAACUGGCAGCAGCAACUGGUGAAAUGGAAAUGAACGAUUUGUGAAGGCAGCUUGAGCAAACGUACGGUUGGAUUCCUUGCUAAAUAAUAAAUAUUCAUCAUGACCGUGGGCUUUGCUCUCGUUCUCCUUUGGUCUCUCCCAAUAACCAAUGUGCUUGCAGAGCUGCCUGUACCUCAGAACGUGAUUCUGCGCACCCUGAACACACAGUACCUACUGAUAUGGGACUGGGACCAGACGACCACAGGCAACACUGUUACCUUCACUGCAGAGUACAUGGCGAAGUACAAGAUGCAGAGGAAGAAGAAGAACUGGAGCCGUGUGUGCGAGAGGACCACAGAUACCCACUGUAACUUCACAGGCUCUGAUCUGCACUACUUUGGCAUGUAUGUGCUCAGGGUCCGAGCCAGUGCAGACGGACUCAACUCAGACUGGGUCCUCAAAGACUUCUGCCCUGAUAAAGAUGCUGUUUUGGGCCCACCGUCCAGGGUGGAGCUGGCUCCUGUGGGGAACCUGCUAGACGUGACCAUCUCUGACCCCCUGACCAGCACCCAGGGCUCCAUGAAGGAACACGUCCUCUCCCUGUACUACCACAUCCUGUACUGGAGCCACUCCGAUGACCCUCAGGGUCUGAAGCCAAAAGUGGUGGACUCGAGCAACAACCUGGUGACGCUGCCUGAGCUGGAGGCCUGGACGUGGUACUGUGUCAUGGUUCAGUCUCGCUACGACUACUACAACAAGACCAGCAGCUACACAGCACCCCAGUGCAUGCAGACAGAAGGUGACACCCUGUGCUGGCAGAUUUUCCUGGUCUCCCUGGUAGCGUGUAUCCUGCUGGUGCUGCUGCCCUACGCCUUCUUUAGGUUCUACAGAGUCCUCAAAAACACCUUGUACCCCUCCAUCCAGCUGCCUGCACACAUCCAGGAGUUUCUCUGUGACUCCUCAACCAGCUCUGAAAUGCCCAUCCUACUCACUCCUGAGUCGGAGCUGUGCUAUAAUAAUCUGAGCGUGUGCCCUGAGGUGGUGCUGCUGGAGAUCCACAUCCCUCCUCCCUUCACAGCUCCCCCCUCAGGGCUGGAGCAGGACAGCAGCAGGCAUAGCCGCCAGGGCAGUGAAGGUAGUGGGGACUCUGGGGUCUACUCCACAGAGGGAGGCUCCGCCCAGCAGGGUCGUAGUGGUCGGGGUGUGCCAAUCAGGAGAGACAAGGAAGUGGACUCCUGGCAGACGCUGGAGCAGGACAAGCUGGAGAUGGGGGGAGAGCCCGGAGACUAAGGAGUUCUGGACGAGGGGGUUUUGGACGUGUGCGUCUGAGGAGAGAUGGAGAGAGCGAGAAGAGAGCUGGGUGGAAAUACCGUAGGUGAUGGUUGGAGAAUUGUAGUAGGGGAAAGGAGAAGGUUCGCAUAGAAUGUUCUCCAAAGUCUCUGAGUCUUUCUGCCCCUCCUCAAAAGACACUUUGAAGUUGAUGACAUCUCGCAGAUUAAAGGACACAUCUCAAAAGUAAGGGUGUAAUGGUAAACAUAUUCAUACCGACUCGUUCGGUAUGGGGACCUCUUCUGUCCGCACUGUGAAGCCGAAUGAAUACAAAAACAAAACAAAUGGAUAUAUAUAUAUCUCACUAGGCCUAUAGGCUAUGCAUACGCUGCAUUGUAUGCCUCUUGGGUAAAUCUGAGCAACAACUAAAAAAAUAAUUUUAGGCUAUUCUGUUAAAACAACUAUAGCCUACAGUAUGUUCACGUUGUAAUUAAAAUGUGAAUCUUAAUUGCCUGUCCUUUUGUGAGGCGCAGCCAGGAACUAGUUCAGUACGAUGGCGAGUGGUGGGGUCAAUAAACCAGGAGGAUUCUCCAUCAUCGUUUAAAUCUCCAGUUUGGGAACAUUUUGGCUUCCCAGUAAGAUUAUAGCGGGGAUGGAUAGAGAGAGUAUGUCGCCACUGCUAAAAGAGAAUCGCCUAUGCAGCUGCCAACACCUCAAAAAUGUUGACACAGUUACGCCGACAUCACCCCAAUAUUCCUACCACCAGAGCAAGACGGCAACGCAAAAAAACAACACAACUUCGUCUCCCCUCUAUAUUCAAGCCGCACUUCGCAGCGGACUCUGACCGGGCCAAAAUCAAUUACAAGAGCGAUAGGUAUGUUUAUAGCCACGGAAAUGCGCCCAUUCUCGGUGGUUGAGAAGAAUCAGGGGUUUUCAGCACUUCAUGAAAGUGCUCGAGCCACAUUACGAACUUCACCCACUCGCAGCCAUUUCAGCAAAUGGGUAGUACCCACUCUACAGUGAGGGGAAAAAAGUAUUUGAUCCCCUGCUGAUUUUGUACGUUUACCCA